AUCGUUCGCCGCUAUAUUAAUCGGGGUAGUAGGGAUCUGGGGACAGCUGGCUGCGGAGUUGGUCAUGAUUUUCCCCCUGAAAACAACUUCCAUUUCACAUUCCUUGACUACUACUUGAUCCAUCCAUGACACACCCCAAUCUGCUGGAGCUCCCCGUAGGAGCUCAGCUCGCCUACCUUGCUGAAGGCGGCGCCAAUGUUAUCUAUCGCAUUGUUUCGCCGGCGAACCUGGACGCGGCGCAGCAGGAAGACCUGCCUCUGGCGGUCUCCAGUUUGCCGUCCAGCGCGAUGGAUGCGUACGAUGCUCCAGCCGGGUUUAAAGGCAAAUUACUCCGGCUUCGAAAAGAUACAAGCUCGGGGAUCUCGUACCAGGAGAUUGCGCGAAACUUUGACAGGUGCAUCCGCCCUCUGUUCAAACCUGGGGAGCUAGUUGACCAGGAGCUCGUCUACCUCCCAAAGGGACUCAUUCAGACCUGCAACGAACAGUUACAGGCUGCGGAGCGAAACGAUCAACGUCCCAAACGGCGUCGCGGCGUGUAUCUCUCCGUUGCGGAGCCGUUCGGCUUGCUCAUCACAGACAUGACGACAUUCAGCAGCCCAGGAACAACGCUCUCAGAAUUAAAGCCCAAAUGGCUCCUCCAAUCGCCAUCGGCACCACAUAACUCUCGCAGAUGUAGGACAUGCGCUCUCCGCGAUAUGAAGAAUCAAAAAGCCCGCAAGAAGGGUAUGCCGGAAGACCAAUCAUUCUGUCCUCUGGACUUGGUGUCGGAUAGGUUCGACAAUGUGCUCCGUGCGUCCGAAUUUGUCAAGGGCUGCAAAGACCAGGCGCGGCUGGCAAAAGUCCUCUACCGAAAUGGCACGCUGCAAAGGCUUCUGACCCAUCAGAAGGCCAUGCAAGAUGUGGGGCAUUAUGGCUUACCGCCGACGUCUCGAGAGAAGUCGCUCGCGAUGACUCUGCGAGACUGUACGAUGUUCAUUAGAAUACCUCGCGACGAUUCCGGGCGUGUAGAGAUCCGGCUAGGCGAUCUGGACCUCAAGACUGGCGCCGGCGGGAAAGCAAAGUACUGGCUCGACAUGGAGAACCAGUUGAUCGGCGAGGGCUGGUACGCGGGGGCCAAAAGCAACGUAUGUGAGAGUGCAUGCGCAUUGCAGAGCUCGCGGGUUCAUUCACAGUCAUCCAUCUGAGACCUCUGAAGCCAGAAUCCAUCGCUCGAUGAACCCAUGCGAACACCAACGACGAUGCGGGGACCACAGCACCCCCUUCCCUUCUCCUUGCGCCGGAAGACCUGGUAUGUUAUGAUGGUUGCGCUUUAAUGAGAAUGAUAGACGGCCUUUCCUCCCAUUUUCCUCCUCUUCCUCCCAUCUUCCUCCUCUUCCUCCCUCCUCUUCCUCCCUCUUCUUCCUCCCUCUUCUUCCUCCCUCCUCUCUCCUCCCUCCUCCCGCUUCUCAGUUCCUUCUCUCUCCCCCUCCCCUCGGUCGGUCCCUCACCAGACCUCCAAACGCAGGACACAAGGUCUCCCCCUUUCUGUUUCCGGUCCGGCGGCUUUCUGCGUUCUGGCUACUACGAUUGUGAUGCAUGC